AUGCCAGAUCACACUAAAAAAAAGCUAUAUGAUACACAUAUACCUAUUUCCAAUAUUGAAAGAACUGUGCUCACUAUUGGAUCAGCCUUUGCUGCUUUAAACAAUCCUUUGCGUGGAGAUAUGGUAGCUGCACUUGGAGAAACAACAGGCCGUCUUUUUCUAGCCCGUAUGAGGGAUCAAAUGCUCAGUUCGCCUGUCGGUAGACGCAUCUUACGCGAACGCCCUAGCAUCAAUACACGCACCAUCGAUUUCGACAAACUAAAGCAAACGUGUGUCCCUGGUACAUUUGGUCAUACGUAUAUCCAUUGGCUUGAAGAUCAAGGCGUGACACCUGAUACACGCUGUGAUGUGCAUUAUGUGGAUGAUGAGGAACUUGCCUAUGUCAUUAAACGGUAUAGAGAGAUCCAUGAUUUCUUUCAUACCCUGACAGGCUUAGGUGUGACAGUAGAAGAAGAGAUUGCAUUGAAAUGGUUUGAAUGGGCACAAACAGGAUUGCCUAUGACUAUGUUGGCUUCUGUCUUUGGUCCUUUAAGCAUGUCGAGUGUCGAGCGUAAACGAUUGUAUGCAGACUAUGUUCCAUGGGCAUUACAAUGUGGUGCUUCAUGUACACCUUUAAUGAAUGUGUAUUAUGAAGAACACUUUUAUACACCUUUAGAUGAAUUUCGUCAACAACUGGGUGUUGUCUUGCCACCCAAAUAA